GUUCCAUCUAAGUAUCUAAUCGAUGGAGCAGUGGUGGCCUCAUGAAAGCGGGGUUAGAUAUGCAAACCUUCCCAAUUGGACCUCGAAGACUCUCAUGUGGCGUGAUCUUGGUUUUGUUUAGGCAGCAACGGAGACAGAUUAUUCUUCUCCCUGGAACAAUCCUUUACGCAAAACGAAGUCAGCGAAGUCAAACUCAACCCUCGCCAGCACCUCAUAUUGCUGUUUACCAUUCACACAACAUUUAUCGCCGUCGCUGGAAGGGAGCCGACGCGGUUUACCAGUCGAUUAUGUGGGACUACAUUGUUAGGAUUCUCCUCUUCCUCCUUACCAUCAUCUCCUUUCUCCCACACUACCAGCAGAUCAUCUCACGCAAUGACUGCUCUGGCAUCUCGCCAUACUACAUCCUCUUCAACCUUGUCAGCGCAACCCACCAGUUCUUUCUAGGAUAUGCCUACGUUGUACAAUUUGACGGGACCAUGCACUUUGUCCAUGGCAACCCACGAACUCUUCUUGACUGGCUCAACUUUGUCCAACUUACCAUAGUGCUGCUCUGUUUUGUAACAUUCUUUGGCUUAUGCCUGCUAUGCCCAUCAGAUCAACCAUCAUUUCACAAAUAUAUCGCGACUAUAUUAUACAUCAUCAUCCUCGUUCUAUACUUAUGGUCGCAAUUCCCAUCGUUCAAAGAGGACAGACCGGAUAGGGGCCUUUUAGAGUCUCUGUACUACGGUGUGCUCUUCUUCUACGUCAACUACUUCAUCACCGCGAUAGGCAUCGCCUCUCUGCUUCUGCAAUGGCGGCAAGCGACGGCUCUCAGCCUCCGGGGACUUUUCUUACAGGCUGUUAUCUUUCCAGCCGUGGCUAUCUCGUGGUACUUGUUUACCUAUUACGACUGGCACCAGGAGGGGGAUCCCAAGGACCCUCCCGGUUUCCAUGGUUGGUACCUGUUUGUCGGGUUUACCGCUGUCGACAACGCAGUGUUUGCCGUAGUCCAGGGUAUUCUUUUCUACAUUGCAUGGCGGCGAGGAUUCGAUGAGGGAAAGGUACUUGGAGUUGCUGAGGCUCAGCCUUUACUUACACACUAGGCUUAGGUGUAAGAAUCUAUAUCGGCAUUAUUGGGGUGAUUUGGGUAUGUUUGGUGUCCAACUUGGCGAAGGGCAGCAAGUUUGAUUUUUCUUAUGUCUGUAUCGGCCACCACCUGCCGAUUUGAAUUGGACAUAUUCCAGUAAUCUAGGUAAUCUGGGAAUAUAUUUAGGCAUAUAUCUAGGCCGGGUCACAGCGACUUCACUCUACCUACAAAUAAGCUUAGUGUCCGAAAAAUCCAUCCAGUUC